AUGACUACCUCACCGUCUGAAGCCUCCGGUACCUUACAGCACCAAGCGAGUGGAGCGAGUAGUGCCGACAAUGAUCCUUCGAUUCCUAUUCGCGGACCUGAACACAUCUCAUAUGAAGAGGGACCGUGGGCUCAUAAGACAAUCCUUUCAUUCGAUGGUGGUGGUAUUCGCGGCUACUCAAGUCUUCUGGUGCUCAAACGCAUCAUGAUUCGAAUACAGGAAUUAGAGCGUGGCCACGAAGAGUACCGAGCCCCCAGCAGCGACUUCUACCGUUGGAAGGGGGCACCUGAGGAGAACAUCGUAGAAGAUAACCCAGACCCAGAUCGAGUCGAUAAGUAUCUUCCGUGCCACUACUUUGACUAUGUCGCUGGGACCUCGACGGGGGGACUGAGUAGCAUCAUGCUGGGAAGACUGCGUAUGUCUGUUGACCAAGCAUUGGACACAUACAAGUCAUUCGGAAACGAUAUAUUUGGGAAACCAAGGCUGUUUCACGAGCGUUCAUACUGCUAUUAUCCCCGGGCAAAUUUCUCAAGUCGCAAGACACAUGAGGCAUUUCAGGAGAUCAUCUACAAGGUUCUUCAACAAGAAAAGGCCUGCUUUAGGAGUGAGGCCGAAGUUGAGCCCCUAAAGUACAGAGAAGACCGAACCAAAACUAUCGUUAUCUCAUGGGCUAUAAAAAAAGAUGGUGGUGUCAGUAAAGAAUUUGUCUGGAGAAGUUACGACAAUGAAACUAGUCCCAAUGAACCUAAUCUACCUAAGACUGAUCACUGGAGUCCAUCCAAUCCGGGACCGGCUCACACAACUGCCAUUUGGGAGGUUGCUCGUGCAACAACAGCUGCGCCGGGGUACUUCGAGUCCAUCAAGAUCAUAGGAAGAAAGUUCUUUGACGGUGGUAUGGCAGCCAACAACCCCUCAUUAACUGCUGUCAGAGAAAUCCAUAACCUUCACCAACUAGUUCCAGAUCUCUUCGUCAGUAUUGGAACAGGGUUGAAGCCCCACUCGGAUGAUGAGAAUAAUGCUGUACUCAGCGAAGCCAAUGGCCAUACCAGAACGCCAAGAAGGGAAACAAUCAAAGAUGGCGGUAGACGCAAACAGUUCGGGAAGAAGUGGUGGGAGAUAGGCAAAUAUUGGAAGAACUGGAUGGUUGACACUGAGGGACCUCACGGCACCAACGGGUGGCGAGACCGCUGCAAUACGAUCAAACUGAAAGAUGCAUACAGACUGAACGUUGAAGGCGAUCUUCACACCAUACCUCUCGAUGACUGGCGUCCGUCAAAAACUGGAGAAGAUACCCUCAGCUUUAUUGAAGCACAGACGAGGCAAUAUCUCGCCGACUCCAAUGUCAACGAUUGCAUCAACUCCAUCGCGAGCAAAGCGGUUGAAAUAAGACGGCGACGCGCUGCGACCGAGCAGUGGGAGCGAUUCGCAGUGGAUGUAAUUUAUUGCUGCAAAAGAAACUGUACGAACAAAAAGUACGACACUAGGGCGCAGUUAAGAGAACAUCUACAAAAAGGUAUAGCACAUAGAGGGGAUAGAAUCAGUGAUGGGAAGCAGCUUGAGGAGGAACUCAACGCUUCUAGGUCUUUGAAACCUAAGAGACCAGUUGAAAUAAGGAGGUGA